UGUAAGGCAAUGGUCAUCCUCGGGAUUUGAUUCAGGUAGCAGAAACCAAAAAUUCACUCCAGAAAACUUUGAAGCUUUUCAAAAGUUCCAACAAUGAGUGAUAGAGAAAUCCUUACUAACACAACUUUUCUUGUCAUUUUGGUAUGUUUGUUCAUGGGUUGCCCUAAUAGUUCUGCACAAAGAGACACAAUCCAAGCAGGGGAAGCCCUUAAUUUUUCAUCCCAGUUGGUUUCUGCAAAUGGGAUGUUUACAUUAGGGUUCUUCUCCCUCGGUGAUUUUGAUCGUUAUUUGGGCAUAUGGUACACAAACGCUUCUAUAGCCUACAGAGUUUGGGUUGCUAACCGUGAAAGUCCUAUACUCGGUGGAAACGGAAAUCUAACCUUGGACACAAAUGGGACGUUGAAGAUCUUGGUGGUGGGUGGAAAUCAAUUUCCGCUGAAUUCAAAUAAUCAAUCUGCCCAUAAUUCCUCUGCUACUCUUGAUAAUUCCGGCAACUUUGUGUUGACGGAGCUCAAUUCAGAUGGGUCAGUCAAACAGGUCCUGUGGCAAAGCUUUGAUCAUCCCACAAACGCCCUAUUGCCCGGAAUGAAACUGGGCAUGAAUUUCCGAACAGGGGAAAAGUGGGAAAUUUCCUCUUGGUUAAGCAAUGAAGUUCCAGUUUCUGGAGCUGUUAGUCUGCAAUGGAAUUACAGCAUAGAUGGUUCAAAUACAGGCCAAAUAGUCAUGAGACAUAGGGGUGAAGACUACUGGACCACCGGACUGUUCAACAGAACCGAUCAGACCUUCGAAAACAUCCGGUGGUGGAGGAGUACUAAUCAAUUUGACAUCAAUAUCCACCAAUUUACUAUUGUUUCCAAUGAGAAUGAGAGUUACUUGACUUAUUCUAUCCCAAAUGGAACUAUUUCCAGGUGGGUUUUGAAUUCCGAUGAUGGGUUCGCCGGCGUCAACGCCGGCGUCGGAACCGACCCCGGUGUUGGGCCAAUUGUUCCCUGCAGUGGGUUUGAUACCUAUCCGGGAUGUAUAGCACCCAGGCCACCAUCUUGUAGGUCUAGGAAUGAAAUUUUUGUGCCACAAACUAUUAGUCUUUCGGGAGGAAUUUCAUAUUCUGAUCCAAAUUGGAAUUUGGGUCUUAGUGAUUGUUGGAAUCUAUGCUUGAAGAACUGUUCCUGUAUUGGUUAUAGUACCCUCUUUAGUAAUAGAACUGGCUGUCAGUAUUGGAGCGGUGGGUUGAACAUUGUUCAAGGCAUUAUCGGCUCUUGGACCACCAUUUUCGUUUUAAAUUCGACUUUGAAUGGGACCUCAUCGGACAACAGUGGCGGCACAUCAAUUUCUAGCGAUUACUGGUGGGUAUGGAUGAUUGUUGCAUUCGUGGCUGUGAUAGUUAUGCUUCUCUUGGCAUUCUUCUGCUAUAUGAGGAGGAAAAAGCUUCAAGAGGAUAAGGAAAGGCACAAAGAAGAGAUAUUACUAGAAUUAGAGAGAUUUGAUCCAAAAGAGAUUGGAAAUGCUGGGAAGUAUGAAGUGAAAAUAUUCAGCUUUGCUUCUAUUUUGGCUGCCACAGAGAAUUUUUCAAACGAAAACAAACUCGGACAGGGUGGUUUUGGUCCUGUUUAUAAGGGACUAUUGCCUGAGGGGCAAGAAAUAGCAGUGAAGAGAUUAUUGAGGGGAUCGGGGCAAGGGUUAGUUGAGUUCAAGAAUGAGAUUAUACUGAUUGCUAAACUCCAACACAUGAAUUUGGUAAGGCUUUUGGGUUGCUGCAUUUACAAAGAAGAAAACAUGUUGAUAUAUGAGUACAUGCCUAACAAAAGCUUGGACUCCUUCCUUUUUGAUCCAUUUAAAAAGAAAAUAUUGGACUGGAAGAAACGUCAUGUUAUCAUUGAGGGGAUAGCUCAAGGGCUCCUUUACUUGCAUAGAUAUUCAAGGCUAAGGAUUAUUCAUAGAGACUUAAAACCAAGUAACAUUUUACUUGAUGAUGAAAUGAAACCGAAAAUUUCAGACUUCGGCAUGGCUAGAAUUUUUGGGCGAAAUGAAUCUCAAGCAAACACCGAGCGAAUUGUUGGUACAUAUGGUUACAUGUCGCCAGAGUAUGCUAUGGAGGGCAUUUUCUCAGAGAAAUCAGAUGUUUAUAGUUUUGGGGUUUUGAUGUUGGAGAUUGUGAGUGGGAGAAGAAAUGGUAGCAUUUUGCAUGAUGAUCAUUCUACAAAUCUAGUUGGAUAUGCUUGGGAGUUGUGGCAAGAAGGCACUGUCUUGAAGCUGGUGGAUCCAACACUAGGCGAUUCGUGUUCUAUUCCCCAAGUGUUCAGGUGCAUUCAUGUGGGUCUUUUGUGUGUGCAAGAGAGUGCAAUGGUUAGACCAACAAUGUCAGAUGUUAUUUCUAUGCUGGCUAACGAAACCAUGCUCCUUCCAGCCCCAGAGGUUCCUUCAAAUUCCACCCAGAGAAGCACCGUACAGAGUUGCUCCACCUAUAUAUCUAUGACGGAGGUCGAUGCCCGUUAGAGGGUCCAACUUUGACAAAAACAUCCUUAAAAAAAAGGGGAGAAAAAAAAAAGUGGAUCAGUACAGGAGACUCUCACCUCUAAGAGAUCUUUGAGGAUCAAAUGUAUGCACCAAGUGCAGUAUGGUGAGGCUAAAUAUUUCUCACUUUAUUGUUUAUGUAUGGUAUUAACAGCAUUAUGCAGAUUUUAUUUUCCGUUGGGAAAAUAUUGCAUAUACCGAACAAAAAAGAUUUCUUUAAAAGUUUA